GUGACACUGAGGACGUGCACAAUGGAGCAUCCUGCCCUCGAUUCAUUUCAAGGUUUAUCGCUUUCGAGCAGAAAAUCGGGUGGAGAUGGGGCCAAUGCACCGACUCCAGCUGCCCAGCAGAAUGCUCCCAUCUUCAUGUUCGGGUCAGGGAGAGACGCGACGAACUUUGUCCCGAGCGUAACUUCACAGAGCCGACAGUUUACUGCUUUCAGCUUUACGAAGGACAAAAGGAACUCGGCCUCGCAGCCAACUAACUCCAACUUCACCUUUAAGCCAGCGAAAGGUCCGGAGAUUCCUGCCCCGAGCGAAACUAGUCUCAGUUCUGUGAAGGACGCGACAGCACAAGCCGCGAGCGGGACCGCACAGAGCAAAGUGCCUCCUGCGUUCAGCUUCAACGUUCCUGCAAAAGGCACGACGACCCCGGCCCCGAGCGAAACUAUUCUCGACUUUUCGUUAGGGAAGGAUACGGCGGCCCAGGCCGCGAGCGGAACCGCGCAGAGCAAAGUGCCGCUUGCAUUCAGCCUCCUUCCUGCGAAAAGCGCAAUGACUCAGAUGCCGAGCGAUGCCAGUCUCGGGUUUGUGCCGGGGAAAGGCACGACGGCAAAGGCUGUGAGCGAAACUAGUUUCGACUUUUCGUUAGGGAAGGAUACGACGGCCCAGGAUGUGAGCGGGACCGCGCAGAGCAAGGUGCCGCCUGCGUUCAACUUCGGUCCUGUGAAAGGCGCGAUGACUCCGAUUACGAACGAAACCAGUCUCAGCUUUAAGCUAGGGAAGGACACAACCCCUCGAGCCCCUACCGGGAACAACGCGCAGAGCAAAGUGCCGCCUGCGUUCAGCUUUGAUCCUGCGAAAGGUUUGACGACCCCGGUGCCGAGCGAAACUACUAUCAGCUUUGCGUUAGGGAAGGACACGACAGCCCGAGCACCGACCGGCACCGCGCAGAGCCAUUCUCCAGUCACACUCAGUUUCCAAGGGAUAGGGAAUGGAAAAUCGACCCGGCCCAUUCGCGGAAGGUCGCACAGCCAACGUUCACCCCAUUUUGACUUCGUUUUUACGCCAGAGAGAGGCAUGGCGACCUCGAGCCCAAGCCAAAUGAAUUUCGCCGCACCAGGUAGGAAGAUAACGACCUCGGCCCCCAAAGGGACCUCGCAGAUCCAACACCGAUCUAAGUUCAGCUCGGGGCUAGAGAAGGGCACGGCGACGCAGACCCCGAGCAGAAUCGCGCAGAACCAACAACCGCCCGUAUUCACUUUCGCGCCAGGGAAGGAGAUAAAGACAGCUGCUCCGAGCAGGAUCCCACAGAGCGAACAGCCGGCCACCUCCGACUCGUCUAACGCUCAGGGACUAGUGGAGCUCUGGAAACAGAAAUACUUCGAAUGCAAUCUGGAACUAGAAAAGCUGAAGCUUUCACAUGGUACGCAAUCGGAGCCAGUAGCUGUCGCAGAACAAAAGGAAUCUGUCAAGACGGGGAAACUUGACGAGCUCUUGAACCUCGUGCGAGAGGAAGCGGCGCGCCGACAGGUCGCUGACGCAGAACUGCGAUCUCUGAUAGAUAAGAGCAACGUAGCAUCGUUUGAAAACGUUACUCAAUUGGCUAAGGAAAACGGUGAACUGGCAGCACAGUUGCAAUCUUUACGAAUUCAGCAUGCCACUCUUUUGAAACAGGUCCAAACCAAUCGUAUCCAAAUCCGUGCGUUGGCCGCUGAAGCAGGCCUGCAAAGGCGAGCAAAGAUCGAGCAGCUCUUCCCCAAGUCCACCUUCGUAGACGCCGAUUUCAAAACAGUCUCCUUGAAGAUCGGCGCCGCGGACACUUCGAAACAUUUUCUUUUUAAUGCAACAGCGCAUGUAGGCAAUCAGCGGGUAGUCAGUUUACCGCUUCCACCCAAAGCGCUGCCUGCGGAUGUGCCAUCUGUUGCACAAUCCGGUUACUGGUUCUUUGACGCGGCAAUCCGCUUGGAGGACGCGUCGUUUGAGUUGAUCAUCGAGUGCGAACAGAAUCUCUGGAUGUAUUUUGGCACAUAUUGCAGUGCGAUUCUACCCGAAUUCGAGAUGAAGCUGUCCGAGUGGUUAUGCCUAGAUGAGGAGACUAGAGAAAAACAUUGCGCGCGUGCUCGAGCCUCAGCCAAAGGUCAAUCGUCCGCAUAUGAGGAUCGGAGCCUCAAGGUGCGGAGGCUUUACGACACCGGCGAAUUGGUCAUACCAUGUUACAGCCUACGCUGUAUAGGAUUCAACAAACACUUCUACGAUGCCUUUCAUGGGUUUGAACCUCAUGAGCAACCUUCUCGGAGUCUCACCACUACCCAGGCCACGCCUGACGCAGCCGCUGCUGCCUAGUCACUCGUCACUUCUCAACAGCUCUCGCAUGAAAUAUAGUUGGCGGGGUAUAUGCAGCUAUAACUGCACAGUUGCAGCCUCAAUAACACACGUUUCCGAUUAGAUUUUCCUUCGUUUUGUUUUCUCUGUUUUCACGGAUGUCUGGUGCUCUAUCAUGUACAUGCUUGAGGCUCUGUGUUUGCUUUCGUCCUGCUAUGUGUCUAUGGUGCAGAAUCGUCACGUAUCUCAGUAAAAAUGUUAUUUCCCGUAUUUCCCGCACAUUCUAUCAAUUUACUUAGAUGAGGAUCCGUG